GAGCCUUGCGUCAUUACCGUCAUACUCCCCGACUUUAUUUCCUUCAAACCUCCGUCAUUCUCCACCACCGCCAAUCCAUGGCGACAAUCUCCUCUCAAUCCACGAAUCCCUCCCAAACACCCACUCCUUAACCGACAAACAAAGAACCCCAAGAAAAGAAGAAGAAAAAAAGAAAGCCCCCAAACGCAUGGCCCCCUAAAAACCAAAAAAAGAAUACAACAACAACAAUGUCCCCAAACCUCGAAAUCACAAUCCCAACAACCAGUCUCUCCCCAACCUCACCCCCCUACACAGUCUAUAACCUAACACUCCGCCUCCCACUUCGCUCCUUCACAAUCUCCAAACGCUACUCAGACUUCCUCACCUUCCACAAAACCCUGGUAACACAAACUAACGCCGACCCACCGGCCCCCCUACCGUCAAAAACCUGGUUCAAAAACACCGUCUCAAAUGCCUCUCUCCGCGAAGACCGCCGCCAAGCCCUAGAGGCCUAUCUCCAGGCCAUAAACAACGCCGAAGAUGCCCGAUGGCGUAACUCGCCCGCCUGGCGCGCAUUCCUGAAUCUGCCGUCGGCGGCGAACACUUCGCAUACCUCAACGAGACUUCAUGCGGCGAUUACGGACCCCGGGAGUAACGGUGUGGGCGGGCCGAAUAAUCCUAUCUCGGAUCCGACGCUGUGGCUGGAUGUGUAUCGCGAUAUGAAGUCGCAUUUGCAUGAUGCGAGGUUACAUUUGACGCGGCGGGAUCAGGAGACGACGCCGCAGAAGCAGCAUGAGAGUUCGGCGCGUGCGAAGAGUAGUCUCGUGAGGGCGGGGAGUUUGAUUGCGGCGUUGGAGGAAGGGUUGAAGGUUAUGGGGGAGACGGCGAAUCGUUCGCAGAGUCCUAGUGGGAGGGGAAGAGGUGGUUCGUUGGGGGAUGGGGAGUUGCGGCGGAGGAAGGAUCUUCUUAUUAAUGCGCGGAAGGAGAAGGAUGGGUUGGAGGAUCUGUUGAAUGCUAUGGCGGCUAAGAGUCGGGUGGAUAAUGCGGUGGCUUCGGCGCAGGAUAAGGAGGCGCUGGUUGGGAGUGCGAGUAGGAAGCCCGCGAGGUCGGGGAGGGUGUUGGGGAAAGAGACGGAGAGGACGCGGGAACUGGAUAACCAGGGAGUGCUGCAGUUGCAGAGGCAGACGAUGGAAGACCAGGAUCAGAGCGUGGAGGAGUUGUUGAAGAUUAUACGAAGGCAAAAGGAAUUGGGCAUUGCUAUCAAUGAGGAGGUGGAGAUUCAGAAUGCCCUUCUGUCGAUAGCUAAUGAGGAUGCUGAACGGGUAAACCGUAAAAUCGAUAUUGGGAAGAAGAGGAUAGGGAAGAUAUCCUAGUCGGGUCUAUGCCCCUGUAUCAUUUUGUAUCAUUUAGAGCGUUCUGCAGGCAUCCUACGCUUUGGCCUGGUUGGUCUACUCUAGCGAGCAUGGGAUUUGAAAUGGGAGUUAUGGCAUUAUUAUAAUGAUAUCGUUCACUUGUCAUAUCGAUUGUCGUCCAGCCCAACCUGGAACCACCUGCUCAACAUUCAUUUUGCGGACAUGAACUGCAAACCACAAUUGAUCCGACUCGCGCUGAGUGACAAGUCCCAACUUGCUUCGUCGAAUAAGCCACCACAACUCUUCUCGAUCUCCUCCAAGCUUCUCCUGCAACAACUUAUCUUUGAGCUGGCCCAGGAAGUCAUUGUACGAGGUAGGCUCUUCGUAAGAUACCAACUCAUCACGCAUCAUUCCCAGCGCUUCAAUGACCCGGUCGUAGUUAGCAUCACCGAGACUGUGUUUGAUUUGAUCUUCAACGAUGGUCAUCAUCUGCUUUGUAGCGUCUUUGAUGGCCUCAAUAUUCUCGGCUUGUGCAAGAGUCUGCUUGAAUUCGGGAAUGGCAUUGUUGGGAGAUAUCUUGGCGCGCUUUUCAUGAUGAAGCAGGGCGUCGACGUCGAGUCCAGAGAGGGGCUUCUCGGUUUCGCGAGUGCGCUUGCGGCCCUUCGCUUUGGGAGGAAC